AUGACGAGCGGAGUCUUCAAGCACAUUGAUACCUCGGCGCAGCCACCCAACACCAAGCCAUGGACAAAGGUGGACGCCGAUGCCACGUCCUUCAAGCUGCUAGAGCAUAAGCGCUCCGUCCACAACCUGCGUGGCCACGAAUCCGAGUUCACCACGGACAACUCGGGUUUCGCAGUCCUCAAGUCGCCGUCCCAGGAAAGCUCGUUUACAGACGAAGCCGCCGUGCGGGGUCCUUACUACCAGGAAGUCGAAGCCUUGUUGAGAAAACAGCUCCCCGGCAUCAAAAAGGUCGUCAUUUUCGACCAUACCAUCAGACGCCGAACUCCUGGCUCUGCGCGGGCACCCGUUCAGCAAGUCCACGUCGACCAGACACCGGGCGCCACUGAGGUGCGUGUGCGCCGUCAUGUCCCCAAGGAGGAGGCGGACGAGCUCCUAAAGGGCAGGUACCAAAUCAUCAACGUGUGGCGACCAAUCGAGAACCCGGCGUCCGACUAUCCUCUGGCCGUGGUGGACUGGCGCACCACAGAACCCAAGGACUUUGUGCCCGUGGACCUCCUCUACCCCAAGCGCCAGGAGGCGCAACGCCACGACGACGACGACGACCGCGGCAAGGAGGUCCGGCCCGAUGAGUCGGUCUGGUACUCGACCGAGGGCUACGAGGUCCGCGGCGAGACCAUGUCGGUGGCGCCGAACCCAGCACACAAGUUUUAUUACCAAAAGGACAUGACACCCGACGAGGUGCUGCUACUCAAGUGCUACGAUUCGUUUGGUGAUGGCCAGCCCAUGGGCAAGGACGGCAUUGCAGUCAGGACACCUCACACGGCCUUCAUAGACCCGGCGACGCCAGCAGAUGCGCCAGGCAGGCAGAGCAUUGAAGUCAGAUGCUUGGUGUUUUACGAGUAA